AUGGCAGGGCAAGCCAAAAAUGGUAUCCUGCCCUACAAGGGCGGUACCUAUUACUUGUGGCACUACGUGCCGUCCAUGCCCGGCGCCAUCAUCUUCCUCAUCCUCUUUAUUGUCGCCGCGGCCGCCCACAGCUACCGCAUGUUCCGCUUCCGCCAAUGGUUCUACAUCCCAUUCAUCCUCGGAUGUAUCUUCGAGGCAAUCGGCUACAUAGGCUUCGCCCUAGCCCACGACAAGACCGACCAGCUCCUGCCCUUCAUAAUCCAGUCCGUCUUCAUCCUCGUCGCCCCCGCACUCUUCGCCGCAACCGUCUACAUGAUCCUGGGCCGCCUGAUCGUCCGCGUGCCCUCGGGGCCCUCGUGCAGCCUGAUCCGCCCCAGCUGGCUGACAAAGACCUUCGUCAUCGGCGACGUCUUCUCCUUCCUGCUGCAGGCCAGCGGCGGCGGCAUGAUGGCCAUGGAGGGCAAGGCCGACCUGGGGCAGAACAUCCUGCUCGUAGGUCUCUUCGUGCAGAUCGUCAUGUUCGGCCUCUUUGUCGUCGCCGCCGUGGCCUUCCACGUGCGCUGCGGCCGCAUGCUCGCCGUCUCGGGCGCCUACGGCAGCGGCGCGACGGGCCCCGGGGACCGCUCCACCCCGAACGGCAUCCCCUGGCUCCAGGUGCUCUACAUGCUCUACGCCGUCAGCCUGCUCAUCAUGGCGCGGUCCAUCUUCCGCGUCAUCGAGUACAUCCUGGGGCAGGACGGCUACCCGCUCAACAACCAGUGGACCCUCUUCGCCUUCGACUCGCUCCUCAUGUUCCUCGUCACCGCCCUCUUCUUCUUCAUGUUCCACCCCAACGACAUGGUCGGCGCCCAGACCGACGGCGGCUACGACGAGGUGGGCACUUCCACCAGCGUCGAGAUGCCCCUGCGGCAGAAGCGAUAG